UUUACGCGCUAAGAUGCCAGCCGAAGGCAUGGCAGUUUAUGUUCUGAUAAGUUUUAUGUGUGUAUUAAAACUUCUUGUAGCCCAAGUACAAUUGCCAUCGGAUGGAUAUUCAUGUACAGAUGGCGUCUGUGUUCCUUAUGACAUGUGUGCGAAUGAAACUGUAAAUGAGUAUGGCGAUGGUCUAGUCGAUAUACGGUUCGGCGGAACUGAAUGCCACGAUGAUUUGGUGUGUUGUAAAACAAACGAUGUUAGAUCGACGAAAUUAGAGAAUUGUGAUGGGAGAUGUGUUUCAUUAUCUCAGUGUUUGGAUGACAAUAGAUAUGAUGGUUCCAGUUUAGGCAGACUGAAAUCUCAAUGUCCAAAUGAUGAAGUCUGUUGCCAUGACAUAAGACAGGAAAUGCCGUUCUUCUCUACAGACUCAACCCGGUGCAAGGGAAGGUGUCUCCCGCCUCAUCAGUGUUCGAAUAAUGAUACUGACACCCAUGGCGCGAGUAUUGUUGAUCUGAGACUCAUUCAGGACGGAUGUGAAAAUGAUACGGUGUGCUGCCAACUUACAGAAGAACUCGAACCCGCACUGGUAAUACCUAUAAUUUGUGAAGGAAAGUGUGUUCCUACUUCUGAAUGUAAACAUAAGACACCAUUAGAGAAUGUGUGUCCGUCCGACUUAGUUUGCUGCAAUGAAAUGCAGACGCAAAUACUAAAUGCAACCCAUGAGAAACUAUGCCAUUGCGUUCCGUUUUAUGAAUGCCUUGACGAUGUUUUCGCUACCCUAAAAUUAUAUUUAAUGUUGUCGGGUGAUGAAUGUACCGGUGACCAAAUUUGCUGUUCGAAUCCUAGAACAAGUGACCAAUUGGCGUCUCACUGUAAAGGGUCUUGCACUCCCGUACACCAGUGUCAUCAAAUUAUUGCAAACAUGGGCAAUGAGAGAGUUUGUCCAGAAGAUCAUGUGUGUUGCGAGGAAAUAAAAACUUUUGAAGUAUGCAAAGAAAAGUGUCUGCCAAUUCAUGAAUGUUCCAUUCCCUUACACGAUACGGCUGAAUAUGGUUCAAUAGAUAUAAGAUCAUCAGAUGGCAUCUGUCCUCAAGAUUUGGUGUGCUGCCACGAACAGCCUGCUGUUUUAACUUCGUUCACGGAGAAGGAUUGUGAAUGUAUUGCAUAUAAUGAAUGCUCUGAUAGAUAUAAGAAAAUGAACUGGAAUGACAUAGACCUCAGAUUGACAAACAAUGAUUGCUCACCAAAUCAAAUCUGCUGCAAAAGAGAUUAUAUAAGUCUGACAAAACCCAGUUGCAACGGAACUUGCGUCGCAUCUAAUAUGUGUCGUCAAACUAGUCGCCCGUUGAAUAUUGGAUCGGAGAAAAACUGUCCAAAUGAUCAAAUUUGUUGUAAUUCAUUCGAUUUGAUUACUGAUGUUAUAAAUGCAUGCGAGGGAACAUGCGUACCAUCUUCGAUGUGUAUGGAUAACCCUCGCGGAUCGGAGAAUUAUGAUCUGAUAAACCUAAGGAUCGUAGACAGUUGCAUGGAAAAUCAAAUAUGCUGCCAAGAAGUUUUGUAUACACCUGAGGUUGCAACAUCCCCAGUAAUUUGCCAGGGAAGCUGUGUUCCAGUCGGGGAUUGUGAAGAAUUGUUGAACGGUGGUGGCUUCAAAGGAGAUCUUCGUCGACAGAUAAUUGAUGAUGGUUGCCCACAUAGUCUCGUGUGUUGUGGGCAUCCACUGAGCAAACCUGCUGCCAAUGUCGCCUGGACGCAAUGGAUAACGGAUAUCAAUAAUAUGGUUGCGCAGGGCGAUGAUGGAAGUAAACAAAAAUGUGUGUCCAAUUUCGACACCCGAGGCACUGAACCGAAAUUCUCUUGGUUUGUAACUGUGUGGAGCUGUCAGGAUGCCCUACGAACUGAAUGUAAUCAAUUCCAGUGCGUUGGAACGCUUGUUAGAGCUGAUGUAGUGCUGGUACCAGCUGAUUGUAUUCUCGAUCUGCCAGAUUCGUGGAUUCGCGUGAGACGUGUCGAAAAACACGUUAAUACAUCACAAAACAGUGAGGCAAUACCGGUACUUAAGAGAAUUGUUCAUCCCGACUUCAAUCGUGACAAUCCAUCGGCAAACAUUGGUUUGCUCUUCCUAACAAAACAUGUCGAAGAAAAUUAUUCAGAUCAAUGCCUGUUUAAAUACAAUGAAAAUAUCAAUGAACACAAUUGCUAUUUAGUUAGCUGGAACAAUUCAGACGAUUCAGAGAUCAACACUCAGCUGAGAAUAUACCGCAUUGAUUUAGAAACGACACCAUCGUGUCAACCAAAUUUCUUCUGUCAAUCAAAUAUCAAGCUAACAGAUUGUGAUUAUUUUCAUGGUUCACCACUGAUGUGUAGCGAUCAAUCCGGUAUCUACUACAAACAGGCAGGAUUGGUAACGAAGCGAAAUCAUCGGUGUGAUGCCAGUAAACCUGAAUCGAUCUUGAAAAUUGCUUCACUACUACCGUGGAUCAGAGAGCAACUUAUGCCCAGUUUCGUACAGAUACCAAGUGACCGUGAACCAUCCUACAAGUAUUUACCGGCUACGUUUCCAGCAAUAAACAGUGUGGCGUCAGAAACGUUAAUGUUAUUGGAUUCCGAAUCACGGGAAAUACUGAUGGAGUGUCACAGUGAACUACCUUGGACGUUGAUGGUGAUGACCAGGAUGAUUGUACUCGAUGUAUCCAAAGACAUUCACGUGGGAUCUGCUUCACUUAUUUCACCUGGAGUCGCAUUGACUGCUGCUCACAAUCGUCAGGUAUCUCGAACGAUAAUCCACGAAAACUACAACACACAACAUCAUAAUAAUAUUGCUUUACUGGUGUUUGAUAAGCCGUUGGAGUUAGAUCGACAUAUCCAACUAAUAUGUCUACCACUGGAACCGAUUGAGUUUAACCGAAAGUCUUGUCUAACAGGAGGUUGGGGUGAAAACCAGCUCCAGGGUAAACACAUGGUGAACAUUAUGAAAAAAAUUGAAGUCCCUCUGAUGGAUCACGAUCAAUGCGAAGCAGCCUUCCGUACUACGAGGUUAGGUCAGAACUUUAUAUUGGAUGAAAGUUACAUCUGCGCUGGUGGUGAGGAAAAUGUUGAUGUUUGUACCGGUGAUGGCGGAGCUCCUUUAGUUUGCUCGGAUCCCAGUGGAAUAUACUAUCAAAUCGGUAUAGUUGCCUGGGUACUUUUAAUGAAGAGGAUUUCACUGCUGGUAGCUGCAAUUGCCGUUGCGGCGGUCGGCGCCAAUUCACCUAUCGACAAAAUCUAUUUCCCCGAGAAUGAAACGUCAAUUCUGGAUUUUGCAAACCGGGCCGGCGUUGAUGGAGCUGUCACCCCAGACCCUUUUGGCCCAAACUCACCGACACUCUCACCAAUGACGUUAAUCACCGCUCAAGGUGACAAGUGUACCUGUGUACCAUAUUUCAUGUGCAAACCAGAAGCCGAAUUCGCCGAGCAGAAUAAGUUUAACGAAAUUGAUGUAAACUACAAUCCAGAAAGCUGCCAGGAUGUUUUGGAUGUAUGCUGUCGGGCUGAAGACUCGCUCGUAGUACCUAUGAACAAUACUCCGGGAGCAGUGACUACGAAUAGUAAACCUAAAGGUUGUGGCUUAAGAAAUAUCGGAGGCAUUGAUUUCACUCUCACUGGCAAUUUUAAUAACGAAGCCGGUUUUGGUGAGUUCCCUUGGACGGUCGCUAUAAUAAAGACAACGGAUGGCUCAAGUCAUUGCGGUGGCUCACUGAUUCAUCCAAAUCUGGUUCUAACGGGAGCACAUUGCGUUCAGGGACAGCGCAGAGGUGAACUCAAAAUUCGUGCUGGAGAGUGGGAUACACAGACAACGAAAGAACGACUUCCGUUUCAGGAACGUCUGGUUACCCGUAUCAACAGCCAUCCUGAUUUCAACCCUCGAUCGUUAGCGUUUGAUAUUGCCAUUUUGGAAUUGGAGAGCCCUGUGAGUUUGACCGAUCAUAUUAACGUGGUGUGCUUGCCACCGAAUAACUAUGACACAAGACGUUCCGACUGUUUCGCAAGUGGCUGGGGAAAGAAUCAGUUUGGAAAGGCGGGGCGUUACAGUGUCAUCAUGAAAAAAGUUCCACUGCCACUUGUGGAAUCAUCGACAUGUGAACGUCGACUGCAGAACACACGCCUUACAAGUCGGUUCAGACUACACCAAACCUUCAUCUGUGCCGGUGGAGAGCAAGGGGUUGACACUUGCGAGGGAGAUGGUGGCGCUCCUUUGGUAUGUCCGAUCGGAUCUACUAACGACAAUCGGUAUGCUCAGAUUGGUACCGUUGCAUGGGGUAUCGGAUGUCACGAAAACAUUCCUGCUGUUUAUACUAAUAUUAUGAGAUUCAGAUCGUGGAUCGAUAAUGUAGUCAGAACACUUGGGCAUGACAUUACUGUCUACGAUUCUAAUCUUUCGCAAUUUGCCGGACUAUUUGGGUAAAUGUUGAUGCAUUGAUUUAGAAUACAUGAUACAAUGAACUGAACUAAACAA